AUGGAGAUUACACUCGCUGAGAGUUUAUGCGGGUUUAAGAGGAUAAUUCAGACUUUGGAUCAGAGGAAGUUGUUAAUAAGCAACCCUCCUGGAACUGUUAUUGGUAAUGAAACGUACCGUUCUGUGGCUAAUGAGGGGAUGCCAAUGCGAGGAUCGGAUGGAAGGGUGAAGGGACAGCUCAUUAUUAUAUUUCUCGUCACUUUUCCUCAGAAUGAGUAUACUGGAGAGAAUUUGAAAGUGAUUGGGGACAUUUUGCCUCCUCGGCCGGACUAUGGUUACUGUGAUGAUGGGCAAGUUCUCAAGUCGGAGUUGUAUGAUCCCAAGUCGAGUAGUCGUAGAAGACGUCAGCAGGCUAGUCAGGGAGAAACUGUAGAGUGUGCUAGUCAAUAG